ACCAGGGUCUACUCACUGUCCCCUCUCAGCAAAGGAGGAUAACAGCCAAAGGAGACACCACACACACAGAGUGCUUCUGACCCACACCCAGAUCUCCAGGAGACAGGACAGACAGGCAGAAUGAUGACUAUGUUGUCUGGAUGUGAUGACCUGGCCAAGCAGAGGAUGCAGCAGGCCCAGGCUCUGAGCAGGGAGGUGCGGGGAGAUAGACUAAACCUGGGGAAGAAGAUCAGUGUUCCCAAGGAUCUGAUGAUGGAGGAACUGAACCUGCCCUCCAAUCGGGGCUCUCGCAUGUUCCAGGAGAGGCUGAAGAGGGUGGAGAUGUUCACCCUGGAGAACACCCUCAACGACACAUACAGCAGCAACGGGUUUCAAGAGUCCCAGCCUCCCCAGGUCUCCCCCCAGCCUGAACCUGGGAAGGAGAACCAGACGUACCCCAUCCAUGGAAAGCACAGCCUGGUCACCACUCUGCAGAAGACUGUGGCUCUGAAGGGCUCCCCAGACAUCCUUGCCCCAGGCUACGGUGGUCCCCUGAAGGAAAUCCCCCGGGAGAAGUUCAACAUGACGGUGAUCCCCAAGUCCUACUGCUCCCCCUGGAGGGAAGCCCUAGGGGGACACCAGCAGAGGCUGGACACCCUCAGCGCUGAGCUGCCCCAGCCCCCCCAGACACUCCAACCUGCCAACUACCGCUGCUUCAACAGAGCUGCGAUUCCAUUCGGGGGUCCCAUGGUCAGCAGGAGAGUUAACCCUGUGGUUGGGUUUGAGGCGUUGGAGAACCAGAAUCUUCCCAGCACGACCCUGGAACAUCUGAUCAGGAGGCCCAACUUCAACAGGGCUCCCCGGGGCUGGGGAGGACAGUACUCCCCCGAGUCUAGUGACUUAUGAUGGCCCCCAUGUUGACCCAUGACCUUUCAUCGCCACCUUGUAUCUGCCUGUGACCUUUGUGAGCCUGCAGGCUGAGAGACUGAAGCCCUAAGCCACUCCCCCCACCCUCCCCCCCACCCCAGAUGACCCCCCCCCCCCCUCCCAACAUGAGACUAGGUACGUUCGACAUGGACUGUGGCUGCAUGAAACGACCGGCGAGAGUAGCCACUUGCAGUCGGGGAGGAGUUGAAAACGGCUCUGUGAAGUCGGACAUUCCAGCUUCUCGUGGUUUGCUGCGUAGACGUCAGUCAUGGCCGAUCAAGCGCUGUUUGCUUACUUCAUUUAUAAUUAAACUUAGUCUUUCGGUUAGUGAAGAGGCGUACUAAAACUCUUUCUUCAACACAUUUUUCAUUUAAUUAAAAAGUUUGGUCUGGAUUUGGGCAUUGGUGAAAUUGAAAGUGUCAGAAUAAUGACAAAACACGCGGCAAAGUUGUCAUGUGUGAGUCUGGCCAAUCAUGAAAUAGCUGGUUCGUCCUUAGAACCGGUGCAGUUGCUCUUGAGAAAAUGUGCUUGGCAGUUCUCAAAUCGAUCUCACGGUACUUUGAUGGCUACGUCACAGUGACCUAGCCUCGGCACCGUCUCAAGUCGGACAAAAAGUCUAACCAGAAUUCACUGUUUCAAGUCAGCCGCCUGCAGCGCAGCAUGAAGUCAGUCCAUGUCGAACGCACCUACUGUGAUGGCCAUGAGGAGACGGUGUGUUGUUGGGGGGGGGGGGGGGGGGGAGGGGGGUCUGUGUGAGGAAACAAUCCACAGCACUGAGACCAGACAUGUCUCCCUCCCUCCCACCUCCCUGACUGUGUCCCCCUUAAAACCUCUCUGAUGGAGCCAGUGUGAUGUGAUCCCUUACUGACGUUAGGACGAAGGAGCGAGGGGAAGCAUGUUGAAAUGAAGAGAUAGAUUUAAUGGAAUAAGUGGAGAACAUAUGAGCAGAAAGUUCACAAAUAAACUGAAAAUCGCCA